AUGAGGAUUGCAAUAUCUGAAGCAUUACCUUACACAGUGCACCGUUUCUGCAACUUUCACAUCAGCAAGAACCUGGAUGACAAGUUGUCCCUAUUCUUCGCAGUAAGAGGGACUCUGAAGGAAGAACUAAGAGCGGUUAUAAGGAACUCAUUUACUCCAGAGGAAUUCGAAAAUAGCUGGCAUGAUCUACUGGAGCGUCACAAUGCUUUGGGAGAGCCACACCUGGACAGGAUAUAUGACAUCAGAGCUCAGUGGGUCCCAGCAUAUUUCAAAGAGAGAUUCUUCCCAUUCACUUCAUCGACGGGGAGAAGUGAGAGCACAAACUCCUUAUUCAAACACUAUGUAAAAAGGAAGGACUCGAUUGCAACAUUCUUCAAGGAGGAACCAAUGAAAAUCUACACAGACCCAAUAUACGGCAAGUUUGCUGAAGAGCUAAGGAAGGGUACUGCUUACAACGUUGAAGUUGUGGAAGAGAAGAGAUUGUACAGAGUUAUUAGGGUGGCAAACUAUAGAAAUGCAGAGUUCCCCAGAUUAAUAUAUGUGGUUACUGUUUCCUCUGAUGACGAUGUACACGCGAUUGAAAUGAGCAAAAUAUCACACAUACUAUCUACUGUCCGCACGGAUGAUAGGUCAUACGACUUGUUUGCUGAAGGAGUUGCUGAGCUGAAGAAAGCUAUAUGCAAAGAUGCAAUGGAACGCCUCCAGACGAAAGAAAAAGUCACACGUAAGAGAAAAAAGGUUGAUGACCCAGUUCAACAAGAUACUGACAAUAUGCGUCAUGAAGAUAGAGAAGACAACAAUCAUGGACACAACAAUGAACAGAUACACCAUGAGGAGAAAAAUUCAAGUGACGAAGAAAAAAAUGAAGAUGAGCAUCGCCCUUAUAAGGAUCCACCACAGUCAGGAAAACCAGGGUUCAACCUAGGUGAAAGACCUAUGAAUUUCCAUGAGAAAUGUGCUGCAAAACUAAAGAAAAAGGCUGCACCAAGAUUGUGUGGACUUUGCAGGUUGCCUGGACACAAGAGACCAAAAUGCCCAGACAGAGACAAGGUUGGCAUGAGCAUACCAGGAAUGGAUUCCCAAAAAGAAGAAGGGAACCCAUGA